AUGCCUUCUUCCGUUGAAACCACCAAGAGAAGAAAGGUCGAUAACAGUACCGAUUCAAAAGCGGUCACGGCCAAACCUUCAAAAGUCUUUUCACCGUUCAGAGUUGUUGGUAAUGUCUCCAAUGAUACACCAUUUGCAGUUGGUACUUUAGGUACAACUUUUUACAUUGUUACAAGUGUUGGUCGUUCAUUUCAAAUCUAUGAUGCUAAUACACUACACUUGUUAUUUGUUUCUCAAACUCAAACUAGCUCCAAAAUCAAUGCCUUGACCGCGCAUUUCCAUUAUGUUUAUGCUGCCUAUGAAAAUAAGAUUGGUAUUUACAGAAGAGGUAAAUUGGAACACACUUUAGAAGUUGAUUCAGACGAGGUUUUGAACAAAGUUAUUGUAUUUGGUGAAUAUUUGGUUGCCACUUCUAAACAAAAUAUUUAUGUUUACAAAAAAGCUAAUGGUUUAAAAGUUGCAACUGAAUUCUAUACAAAACUUCCAGUAUCAACAUUAGAUGGUGAAAUUGUCGAUUUAUGUCAUCCUCCAACUUACUUGAACAAAAUUGUUGUCUUAACAACUUCAAACUUACUCAUUUUUAACAUCCAUUCGGGUAAAUUGUUAUACACAUCUGAAACUUUCACAGAUCAACUUACAACAAUUGAAUCAGCACCUGUAUUGGAUAUAAUAGCCAUCGGUACUGUUAAAGGUCAAGUUAUUCUAUAUAAUGUUAGAAAAGGUAGAAAAGUUCACUCAAUUGAAGCUGGUGAAUCCCGUGUUAAUGCUAUCUCCUUCAGAACUGAUGGUUCUCCUCACAUGGUUGCUGCCCUAAACACUGGUGAUUUAUACUUUUACGAUCUAGAUCGUGAUUCCCGUAUUCACGUUCUCAGAAAUGCUCAUCAAGAAUCUUAUGGUGGUGUUGCUAAGGCCCAAUUUUUGAAUGGUCAACCAAUCGUUGUUACAAACGGUGCUGAUAAUCAUUUGAAAGAAUAUGUCUUUGAUCCAUCAUUAUCAACAACAAACUCAGCUAUCGUUUCACCACCACGUCAUUUAAGAUCAAGAGGUGGUCAUUCAGCUCCUCCAUCUUCUAUCAUAUUUGCUGAUCCAACAUCUCACUACCUUUUAUCUGCUUCAAGAGAUCGUACAUUUUGGAGUUUCUCCCUACGUAAAGAUGCACAAUCUCAAGAAUUAUCUCAGAGAGCCCAUAAAAAAUCAAAUGGUUCAAGAGCUGCUGGUCCAAAUAUAAAGGAAAAAUUCCCAGAAAUCACAUCAGUUGCUAUUGAAAAUGCUAGAGAAGGUGAAUGGGAAAAUGUUUUAACUGCUCAUAAAGAUGAAACUUUUGCUCGUACUUGGGAUUCAAGAAAUAAAAGGGUUGGAAAACAUACACUAGCCACAAUAGAUAAUGGUGUUGCUAAAAGCGUUGCCAUUUCUCAAUGUGGUAAUUUUGGGUUAGUUGGUUCUUCAAAUGGUGGUAUAGGUGUUUAUAAUUUGCAAAGUGGUAUCCUGCGUAAAAAGUACCAAUUACAUAAAAAGGCUGUAACUGGUAUUGCCAUUGAUGGUAUGAAUAGAAAAAUGGUUUCAGUUGGUCUUGAUGGUAUUGUUGGGUUUUAUGAUUUUAGUAAAUCAGCUUACUUGGGCAAAUUGAAACUUGAUGCUCCAAUUACAUCACUUGUAUAUCAUAGAUCAUCAGACUUGGUUGCAUUAGGAUUAGAUGAUUUAUCAAUCGUUGUUGUUGAUUCAGUCACUCAAAAAGUUGUCCGUGUGUUAUGGGGUCAUAAAAAUAGAAUCACUUCAUUAGACUUCAGUCCAGAUGGUCGUUGGAUUGUUUCUGCUGCCUUGGACUCAACCAUUCGUACUUGGGACAUACCAACUGGUGGUUGUAUUGAUGGUAUUAGAGUUGCUAAUGUUGCCACUAGCGUUAAAUUCUCACCAUUAGGAGACUCGUUGGCCACUACACAUGUUUCCCAAUUAGGUGUUAGUUUAUGGACUAACCGUGCACAAUUCAAGCCAAUUUCAACAAGACAUAUUGAAGAGGAAGACUUUGCAGAUGUUACAUUGCCAAAUGUUUCUGGUGAAGGUGGUGCUUCAGUUUUAGAAGGUGCUUUUGAUAAAGAGGGUGAAGAUGUUGAAUUUACAAAUCACUAUGAAACUCUUGAUCAAAUUGAUAAGAACUUGCUCACGUUAUCAUUAGGUCCAAGAAGUAAAUUUGAUACUUUACUCAACUUGGAUGUUAUCAAAAGCCGUAACAAACCAAAAGAAGCACCAAAGAAACCUGAAAGUGCACCAUUUUUCUUACAAUUAUCUGGUGAAAAAGUUGGUGAUGAUGCUGCUGUUAGAGAAGGCGCUAAAUCUGCUAUUUUAGAUAAUAAACCAAAAGAUGGUGAAGAAGCACAGUCAGGAUUAUCGAGAUCUAAACCUGGUGUUAAUGCUGCAUUCGAAAGUGAAUUCACUAGAUUAUUACGUGAAGAUGCUGAUAAGAAUGAUUAUUCAAGAUUUUUGAAAUUUUUAACUAAUGCUUCACCAGCUGUUACUGAUCUUGAAAUCAAAUCACUAAACACACAACAGCCAUUAGAUGAAGUUGCUAACUUCAUAAAGGCUUUAACUCAAGGUUAUAAAUCUAAUGUCGAUGUUGAACUUCUCGAAGCUUGGAUGAGUAUGUUGUUGAAAAACCAUGGUGAUGUCUUGUUGAGUAUACAAGAUGAAAACGUUCUUGAUUCUUUACAAAAAUGGUACGAAUCUCAUGAAGCUAAGACUGAUAAGUUUGAUGAUCUUGUUAAAUAUUGUUCAGGUAUCAUUGGGUUAUUGACUUCAGUGUGA